AUGGCCUCGGCUUACAUUCUCGCCAUCUACUUCCUGGUGAUCAUCUUCGCCAGUGUACAGAUCAAACACAAGAUCAACAACUUCAAGUCUCCUCUCAGGAAGGUUCCGGGACCUUGGUACGCCCCUUUGACAAACCUCCAUCUUCAAUAUCUCUUCUCUACUGGUACCAUCUGGAAGUUGGUAGAAAGGAGUCAUCGCAAGUAUGGAGGUAUUGUUCGACUAGGACCUCGCCAGGUCUGGAUCUCUGACAAAGAGGCCAUGAAGACAAUCUUGGUGAAGACGGAUCUUCCAAAGGUUGCCAUGUACGCCGAGAUCUCUCGUGAUAAGUUCAGCCCCGGCCUGUUUGGUGAAAUCCGACCGGAGCCUCACAAGCGCCUUAAGCGUUUCUUGUCGCCUGCCUUUACUGUGGCUUACAUCGACAACCUGGAGAUGUUCUUCAAGACGACCGUACGCGAUGUACUCAACAAGUACCAAACUCAGAUCAACGCCGAUCCUGUCUACUACGCCAAGAAGGGCAUCGAGGUUGACUUGAUGGACGACCUCCACAACGUUGCUCUUGACAUUAUGGGCGAGUGCUCCUUUGGAAAAGGAUUCGGACAGACCAACCCAGACAGCAUGAUCGAAGACGGAGUCGACGAGAAAAUUUGGAAGUCCAUCCCUCGCUCCAUUUUCGAUGGUCUCAGCAAGCGAUACCAGACAGUCUACGUCAAGAAGUUCUUCCGCACCUUCGGCAUCGACAUCCAAUUCGACUGGCCCGCCGAGAUGAUCACUGCCAUCGACGCCGUCGUCCAACGUCGCAAGCGCACUAACGAUGUCGAGCGCCGCGACCUUCUCCAGCACCUCAUCGAGGAGGGCAAGAAACCUGACACCGGAACAAUCAUGUCUGCCCGUGACAUUGUCGACCAGAUGGCCGAGAUUCUCCUGGCCGGCUCCGAGACCACGUCUGGUACCAUCGGCUGCCUCUUCCUCGAACUCGCCCGCAACCCUGACGUCCGCCGCAAACUGUUCGAGUCUCUCCCCGCCAAGGGUUUUAACGACGAUAUUGUCACCAGCAAAUCCGUCCGCAGCGAGCCCGGGUACGAGUACCUCGAAGCUUGUAUCAAGGAGAACCUGCGCCUGCACCCCAUCGCAUCUGAGAUGGGUCGUCGAACCGGUAACCAAUGGGUCAACCUCUGCGGCUACGACCUGCCUCCUCACACCGUUGUCUCCGCUUCCUACCGCGACCUCCACCGCAACGAAGAAUUCUGGCCCCAGGCUGAGCGUUUCUGGCCCGAGAGGUGGCUGUCUGAAGACAAACGCGAGGGCGCGCCCGCUCCUGACAUGGACGCCUACUACCCAUUCUCAGGAGGCAAGCACUCUUGCAUUGGCAUCAACUUUGCUUGGGCAGAGAUGCGAAUGGUCGCCGCCAACCUCCUCCAGAGAUUCGACGUCCUCGAGGUUCCGGGACAAGACAUCGACUUCCGCCAGUACAUCACCAUGCAGUUCGCCACAGGUCACUGGAAAGUCGUGCUCAAGCCAAGAAACUGA